AUGAAAAUCACACAUACAACCUAUAACGAGGUACGCGGCGGAGCACCUAGUCCAGUUCCUCCCCUAUCUCGCAGUCCCCAAUUCAUAACCACACCUACCGCAUUCCGAUUCGAUACCAGCACACCUCCACGCCUCGACACACCUAUGCGUUCUGCUUCGCCGCCUCCCAGUAACCCCUUGGUACAUACAACGCGUCGUCUAAAACGGUAUUUGAAAACCUCAUUUCGAAACCGGACGCGGCCUGUAAGUCGGCGACUUUCGCGGUCGAGACAGGGGACCAGUAUACGGUAUCCGCCUGGCGAAAUGCAUCCACCGACUGUUCCGACACAGGUGGGGAAAUACCACAGCGGGAGUGUGCGCGGGAGUAUUUCGUCCAAGGGAGAGGAGAGGAUGGUGGGGGAAAGAGGAAGUCAGAGUUAUGAGAGGGGGUUGGAAACGCGAUAUAAGCAUGCGAAGGGGAAGAAGCGAGCGAGUUAUUUGAAGCCGAGAGAGGAGGCGAGAGUGAGUUUGGGGGAAUGGGGAGGGAAGAAGGGGACGGCGGGGUUGGAUUUCGAGAGUUAUAUGAAACAGCAACGGGGAUUGGAGAGGGAUUUUGGAAAGGGAUAUGCGGGGGGGAAUAGUCCUCCUAGUUCGUCGAGUUUGAAUGUUCUGGUGGGGAAGAAUGAGAGGGAGGCGAGGAAUGGGAGUCCGCCGAAAUUUGUACCGAGAGAAGAUGCAGGGGGGAGGAAUGGGAGGGGAGAGAAACAGGGGCUUGCGUAUGGGGGAAUGAUGCAGUUGGAUCCGGAGACUUAUAUGAAACAGCAACGGGGAUUGGAGAAAGUUUUUGCCAAGGGCGUGGGGUUUGCUGGGAAUAGUCCUAGUCCUCCGCAUAGUCGUGCUGAAUCGCCACACAAGGCGUGGCCGCGCGGAAAUGCAAAUAAUUCCCCGAUUCCGAUUCCGAUACCGAUACCGCCGCCUGCGGGAUAUACGUAUGAGAAUGGGACGGGAAAUACGAGUCAGAGGGAUAGUGUGAGGUUUUCGGAUGUGCAGUGGAGUAGUGUGGGGAGUGGGGGGAGUGCGACGGGAACGACGGGGACGACGGAUAGUGGGAAUGUUGUGGAGAGCUCGAGAGGGAGAGGAGCGGGAAUGACGACGGGAAAACAUAAGGCUGCGCCGGGACAAAGAUUAAGAAGGAAGGGGAAGUUGGAAGAGAGAGAUCAGAGUUCUGCGACUACGCCGGCUAGUUCUCGUUCGCAGACAAUCAGUAAAGAAGAUGAGAUGGCUGGUGAUUUGAAAAGACUCCAGGAAAUGCAUCGAGAUAGCGAGGAGGAAGUAACGAGCAUGGGACAAUUAGAAGCGAUGAGAGCGGCAAUAUGGAAGGGGAAAUUGGAAAGAGUAGUCCCGCCCAGUUCUGAAAUACCCAAACACAUGGAUCUGCCACAUCACUCGAACCCGAGCUCGACUUCAAGUCGGGGUAGCAAAAAUAGUAAGAAUAGUAGAGGUAAAGGAAAGGGGAAAAAUGUAGAGGGGAGAGCAAGUCCGAUCCAGAAACUGAAAGGGUAUAUGGGACAGAGUCGCGAUGCUGUGCAUGAUUCUCAUGAGAAAAAGACGUCUUCAAAGGGAAAAUUACCUAGUCCGUUUGAGUAUUUGUUGUAUCCGAGUUACGACGGGAAGAAGAGUGGAAGAGAAAGCACAGAAUUGAGAAAAGGCUCUAAAUCAAAGUCCAAGGGUAAAUCUAAAGAGGGAGAAGACAGCGACGACGACUUCUGGGGAUGUGUCGGCGAAACGAAUAACGAGAGUGGGAUAUUGCUUUCCCACUCCCCUGUUCUGCCAUCAGAAAAGUCUCAUCAAAACUCCAUUCCAUCCGGGGUCGAACUCCCCAAGAAUCGCAAACCGAGCGAAGAUUCCUGGAACACGCAUUUAAACGAUCUCUGCAAACUUUGUCGGAAACACGAACGGACCAGCUCGCGCGGUCUCUGUCAUUCCUGCGAAGAUAAUUUCCUCAAUACGAAAGCGUGGGAAGAUACGACUUUACAAUUUGAUAGCGAUGAUAUUCCUCCGACGCCGCCUCUGAAAGAUCGGAGAAACAUUACUAGGGUGCGCGACAUGCUGGCUACGACGCCUCCGAACUAUGAUGUUGAGUAUCGACCGCCUGUCCCUGCGAAAGAUGUCCCUGGGGAAGAGAGAAAGAAGAUCCAUGUAUCGAAAGUUGAGCAUAGUCGACCGCAGAUUGUGAAUCCAUCGCCGGUUAGACAGGAGAGUCAGAUGCUGGUGUUAUGGGGGAAUGGUUUGCAGAUUGAAGGGGAGAAGACGGAGGAGAUGUUUAAGAGGUGGUCGCAGAAUUACAGGGGAGGUGGGACGGAGGAGAGAAGUGAUGGAGAUGAGCGGGGAAAGGAGGAGGGAGAGGUGGAGGAGCCGAGGGAUAGCGUUUUUUAUGAUUUUUGGAGGGAUAUUUUGAAGGAUGAUAAGAGACCCGAAACACCGAAAAUGGAGGAAAGGAAAGCGAAACUUUGA